UGCCGCCGCUCUGGCUGCUGGGUCGGGGCGCUGAGCCGCGGCCUGGCUCCGCUGCUGCCCGCAGAGCUCGGUGGCGGCGCCGGCCGCUCCGCGACGGGAGGGAGGUGAGAGGAGGGGACUCGCCUCCGCGGGCUUCAGCUCCCACUUGCAGCGCCGAGUCUCGCUCAGGCCGCCGCAGCCAUGACCACGGAGGACGAGAUCAUCCGCAUCGCCAAAAAGAUGGACAAGAUGGUGCAGAAGAAGAACGCGGCUGGAGCUCUUGAUUUACUGAAAGAGCUUAAGAAUAUUCCCAUGACCCUUGAAUUAUUACAGUCUACCAGAAUUGGAAUGUCAGUGAAUGCAAUACGCAAGCAAAGCACAGAUGAAGAAGUUACAUCUUUAGCAAAAUCUCUUAUCAAGUCUUGGAAGAAACUGUUAGAUGGACCUUCAACUGAUAAAGAUUCCGAAGAAAAGAAAAAGGAGGCUGCGUCUUCCUCACAAAACAGCCCUGAAGCAAGAGAAGAAAGUUCAACUAGCAAUUCCAGCAGCAGGAAGGAGGAGGGAAGUGCUCCCUCAAAUUCUUUCAUCCCUUCUUUUCCCCGGGCUCCAAGCACUUCAGAUUCUGUACGAGUGAAAUGUAGAGAAAUGCUCUCUGCAGCUCUCAGAACAGGAGAUGAUUACAUUGCUAUUGGUGCUGAUGAGGAAGAGCUGGGUUCUCAGAUUGAAGAAGCUAUUUUUCAGGAAUUAAAAAACACUGAUAUGAAGUACAAAAACAGGGUACGAAGUAGAAUAGCCAAUCUCAAGGAUGCGAAGAAUCCAAACCUAAGGAAAAAUGUGUUGUGUGGGAACAUUCCUCCUGACAAGUUUGCCAAAAUGACAGCAGAGGAAAUGGCAAGUGAUGAGCUGAAAGAAAUGCGCAAAAAUCUGACCAAAGAGGCUAUCAGAGAGCACCAGAUGGCUAAAACAGGAGGUACCCAAACUGAUCUAUUUACAUGUGGCAAGUGCAAAAAGAAGAACUGUACAUACACCCAGGUUCAAACCCGCAGCGCUGAUGAACCCAUGACAACGUUUGUUGUCUGUAAUGAAUGUGGAAACAGAUGGAAGUUCUGUUAGAAGAAGAAAUUGUCAAGACAUCUGGACCAGUAUAAAAGAGGAUUUUGUAAUUAGCUUUAAAAACUAGGCUAAGCAUCUAGCUUCCUGCAAAUGAGCAUUUUUUUGGGUUUUCUUUUCUUUCCUAUUUUUUAGCAGCAUACAUGCCUGGAAUUAGCUGUUGUUUUGACACAACCAUCGUUUCCUUAAAUGCCUUCCUAUAGCUCAUAGUCAGUAGGGCCAGGUUGCUCAAUUGUAUGGUGAAUGUUAAAAUAUUUUUUCAUUUUUAUAAGUAAGUUGACAUUAAACUUUUACCAAUUAAA